UUUCCUCUUACCGGUAUUUGAUUUAUCUUUUAGUGUGUUUCAAACCAGACCGUUCUGAUGAGGACCAGAGGCAGAGGAAGGGGUCGUGGUGGGCGUGGCAGAGGCCGCAUAGUUAGUGUGGCGCCUGAGACUGAAACAACUAAUACACAAGAAACAAAUGAGCAAACACAAAAUAGUGAUACUGAACAGCCAGCUAAUACCAAUAAAGAGAAGCGCAAAAGAAGCAAGCCAUUAGAAAUACCACAAGAAAAGCAGGAUGAGGUGGCAGAUUGGUAUAGAGAAAACGAACCUCUAUACAACAAAGCUCAUUAUCAGUACAAAGAUACUGCUCUCAAAAAUACACGAUGGCAAGCAAAAGCUAAUGAGCUAGGGGUAGAGGAUUGGAAGACUCUCAUGACAUGGGUUGAGUCAAUGAGAUCUCAGCUCGGAAGACUGACACGAGAAGGCAAUAAAUCUGGUUCAGGCAGAAAAGAUGACACUCAAAGAGACAAAUGGAUCAAAGAAAAAUUUGGCUUCUUGGGUCCACAUAUUGCCAGAAUAGAAACCAGAGGAGGAAUAAACCUGAAAGAAAUACGUGGUUUGAUUAUACGUAGAAGAAGGUAA